AUGGCAACCGGAGCGAAUGCCAAGCUGUUGGGUUUCCCAAAUAAGAAGCGGAAGAGGAGCCGAUGGAACCAGGAUACCAUGGAACAGAAGACGGUGAUCCCGGGAAUGCCCACUGUCAUCCCUCCUGGGCUUACAAGGGAACAAGAAAGAGCUUAUAUAGUGCAACUGCAGAUAGAAGACCUGACUCGCAAACUGCGAACAGGAAACCUGGGCAUCCCCCCUAACCCUGAGGACAGGUCCCCUUCCCCUGAGCCCAUUUACAAUAGCGAGGGGAAGCGACUCAACACCAGGGAAUUUCGGACCCGGAAGAAGCUGGAGGAAGAAAGACACGACUUCAUCACUGAGAUGGUGGCGCUCAACCCUGACUUCAAACCACCUGCAGAUUACAAACCUCCAGCAACCCGGGUAAGCGACAAGGUGAUGAUACCACAAGAUGAUUAUCCAGAAAUCAACUUUGUAGGACUUCUCAUUGGGCCCAGGGGCAACACCUUGAAGAAUAUUGAGAAGGAAUGCAAAGCCAAGAUUAUGAUCCGGGGGAAAGGGUCCGUGAAGGAAGGCAAGGUUGGGCGCAAGGAUGGCCAGAUGCUGUCGGGGGAGCAUGAACCCCUCCAUGCCCUAGUUACUGCCAAUACCAUGGAAAAUGUCAAAAAGGCAGUAGAGGAGAUCCGAAACAUUCUGAAGCAGAGCAUUGAAACCCCAGAGGACCAGAAUGACUUAAGGAAGAUGCAACUUCGAGAGUUAGCUCGCUUGAAUGGCACUUCCCGGGAGGAUGACAACAGGAUUUUAAGACCAUGGCAGAGUUCCGAGACCCGCAGCAUCACCAAUACCACUGUCUGCACCAAAUGUGGAGGAGCCGGGCACAUUGCUUCAGAUUGCAAAUUUCAAAGGCCUGCUGACCCACAGUCAGCCCAGGACAAAGCCCGCAUGGAUAAAGAAUACCUGUCCCUCAUGGCGGAGUUGGAUGAAGCUCCUGUGUCAGCUUCGGCUGGCUCUACCUCUGGGCCUGCCACCACACCCUUGGCCUGCGCGCCUCGACCUGCUGCCCCUGCCAACAACCCGCCGCUGCCUUUUCUCAUGUCCACUACUCAGAGUCCCCCGCCGUGGGUGAACUCAGGACCUUCAGAGAAUCGUCCAUACCAUGGAAUGCGUGGCGGAGGACCUGAGGGCCCUGGCCUUGGAGGUGGACCUCACAACUUUCCCCAUCCACUGCCCAUCCUGACGGGUGGGCAUGGUGGUCAUCCUAUGCCCCCACCCCUUUGGAUGCAGCCGCCACCGAUGAACCAGGGGCCCCACCCACCUGGGCAUCACGGCCCUCCUCCAAUGGAUCAGUACCUGGGAAGUACGCCUGUGGGCUCUGGGGUCUAUCGCCUACAUCAAGGAAAAGGUAUGAUGCCGCCUCCGCAUAUGGGCAUGAUGAUGAUGCCGCCGCCGCCGCCGCCGCCACCACCACCACCGCCGCCG